AUGGCUCUGAAACGGAACCCUGCAAUUCUCUUGCAGCUUUGCUUCAUCUUUCUCCAAUACCUUCACCUCUCCAAUGCUCAAUCGUUUUUGGGAGUGAAUUAUGGCCAGGUGGCGGACAAUUUACCGCCGGCGACUGUGACGGCGAACUUACUGAAGUCAACUAGCUUUGAGAAGGUGAGACUGUACGGAGCCGAUCCAGUUAUCAUCAAAGCGUUGGCAAACACCGGCAUUGGGAUCGUCAUCGGCGCGGCUAAUGGCGAUAUCCCAGCCCUUGCCGCCGACCCGAACUUCGCGGGCCAAUGGGUCGGAAACAACGUCUUGCCUUAUCUUCCGGCGAGCAAAAUCACCGUCAUCAACGUCGGCAACGAAGUCAUGACCUCCGGCGACCAGAACCUUAUCUCGCAACUGUUACCGGCCAUGAAAAAUGUUCAAAACGCCCUCAAUGCCGCUAGGCAGGGCGGGAUUAUCAAGGUGUCAACGGUGCAUUCAAUGGCCGUGUUGACUCAGUCAGACCCGCCUUCCUCCGGCCAAUUCAAUCCCGGUUUUGGAGAUGCAAUGAAAGCGUUAUUACAGUUUCUCAAGGACAACGGUUCACCUUUCAUGAUAAACCCGUACCCGUACUUUGCAUACGGGAGCGAUCCGAGGCCGGAGACGUUAGCUUUCUGUCUGUUCCAACCGAACGCGGGCCGGGUCGACUCAGGAACCGGAAUUAAGUAUAUGAACAUGUUUGAUGCGCAGGUAGAUGCUGUGCAUUCUGCAUUGAGUGCAAUGGGAUUCAAGGAUGUAGAGAUUGUGGUUGCAGAGACAGGUUGGCCUUAUAAGGGCGAUCCAAAUGAAGUUGGUCCAGGUGUAGACAAUGCAAAAGCUUAUAAUGGUAACUUGAUAAAUCAUCUGAGAUCUAUGGUUGGCACUCCAUUGAUGCCAGGAAAAUCAGUUGAAACUUAUAUCUUUGCCCUCUAUGAUGAGAACUUGAAACCUGGACCAACCUCGGAAAGGUCGUUCGGGCUCUACAGGUCUGAUCUAAACAUGAAUUAUCAGCUUGAUCUUUCAAAGAAUAGUCAGCCUCCAACUGCUCCAGUGACUCCGGCAACUCCAGUCACUCCCGUGGCUCCUGUGACUCCUGUUCCGGUUACUCCCACAGCUCCAGUCACGCCAACACCAAAGCCCCAAUCUGGUUGGUGCUUGCCUAAGCCAGGCGUUCCUGAAGCACAAUUACAGCAAAAUCUCGACUACGCUUGUAGCCAAGGUAUUGAUUGUAGUCCAAUUCAAAAUGGUGGAACAUGUUUUGAACCAAAUACUGUAGCAGCGCAUGCUGCUUAUGCCAUGAAUCUACUCUUCCAAACUGCUGGCAGGAAUCCCUGGAAUUGCGACUUCCGGCAGACCGCCACCCUCAUUGAUUCUAAUCCAAAAGAGAGGGUAAAGGAUAAGUUGAUACAAAAAUUGAUGAAGGUCGGAUUAAGUAAUACCAUGAAGGAAGAGGAAGCGGAGGGGCAGUUUCUGGGAGUGGAGCAGUUUGAGGAGGGUAACGAAGGGGAUGAGAAUGCUAUGAAGGAAACAACGUCCUCCGGGGAACGACAAGGAGCCAGCCAGGAGAAUAUAGAGGCAGUUAAUUUGAACUUACAUGGAGAGGUUGGGGAAAAUGAAAUUGUGAAUGAAUACGAUAGCGGAGGCGGCAGUGAUGAUAAGUGUUUGGGAGCUGAGGAUGAAGGCAACACUGCUCCCAUUCCCGAAAAGGUCCAGGUCACUGGCUCACCAGCUUAUAAAAUUGAUAGGAAACUGGGCGAAGGAGGGUUCGGACAGGUGUAUGUUGGUCGGCGUAUUGAUCCACCAAACCCGCCAGAGAGUACCACCGGGCCUAAUGCCGUUGAGGUGGCAUUGAAAUUUGAGCAUAGAAGCAGCACAGGUUGCAACGAUGGUCGACCACCGUAUGAAUGGCAAGAAUGGAUUAUGGAACAAUGGGAGAAGGAUUUUUACAUUAGUGCCAUAGCAGGGGCAAAUAAUGGGAGCUCCCUGGUUGUCAUGUCAAAAGGUACUCAGUAUGUGAAACAGUCUUAUAAAGUCAGUGAAUCAUUCCCUUUCAAAUGGAUAAAAAAGAAAUGGAGGGAGGGAUACUAUGUCACAGCAAUGGCAACUGCGGGAAGUAGAUGGGCAAUCGUCAUGUCCCGUGGUGUUGCGGAGCUCAAAGAACGGCACGCGGCGGCGACGCAGACUGUCAAUUCUCUCCGAGAGAAAUUGAAACAGAAGCGUCAACUUCUCCUUGACACCGACCUGGCAGGAUAUUCAAGGUCGCAAGGGAAAACUCCGGUGAGCUUCGAUCCUACGGAUCUGGUGUGCUGUCGGACGUUACAAGGUCAUACUGGAAAGGUGUAUUCACUUGACUGGACCCCAGAGAAGAAUCGUAUUGUUAGUGCAUCCCAGGAUGGCCGGUUAAUUGUGUGGAAUGCUCUCACAAGCCAGAAAACACAUUCAAUUAAGCUACCUUGUGCAUGGGUCAUGACUUGUGCGUUCUCACCAACUGGGCAAUCUGUUGCCUGUGGUGGACUUGAUAGUGUUUGCUCUAUUUUCAACCUGAAUUCUCCAACUGACAAGGAUGGUAAUCUACCUGUAUCAAAAAUGCUUACUGGGCAUAAAGGUUAUGUGUCGUCAUGUCAGUAUGUGCCUGAUGAAGAUACGCACCUGAUAACUAGCUCCGGAGAUCAAACAUGUGUGCUGUGGGAUAUAACUACAGGUCUUAGGACAUCUGUCUUUGGAGGAGAAUUUCAGUCCGGGCAUACUUCUGAUGUUUUGAGUGUCUCCAUCUGUGGAUCAAACUCAAGAAUGUUUGUAUCUGGAUCUUGUGAUGCCACUGCCCGUCUUUGGGACACCAGGGUUGCUAGUCGAGCUGUUCGCACAUUUCAUGGCCAUGAAGGAGAUGUCAAUACUGUGAAGUUUUUCCCUGACGGGAAUAGAUUUGGAACAGGUUCUGAAGAUGGAACUUGCAGAUUGUUCGACAUUAGAACUGGCCACCAGUUACAGGUGUAUUAUCAGCAACAUGGGGAUAAUGAGGUGCCCCCGGUAACUUCCAUUGCGUUUUCGAUUUCUGGCAAGCUUCUCUUUGCUGGGUAUGCUAAUGGUGAUUGCUACGUAUGGGAUGCCUUAUUGGCGAAGAUGGUUUUGAAUUUGGGAUCUCUUCAAACUUCUCACGAACACAAAGCUCGGAUAAGUUGUUUGGGAUUGUCAGCGGAUGGAAGUGCUUUAUGCACAGGAAGUUGGGAUUCAAACUUGAAGAUAUGGGCUUUUGGAGGGCAUAGGAGAGUGAUUUGA